AUGAAAAGUUUCGAAACAUUAAUUUACACUGAUCAAACUUUAAAAGUUAGCUUAACACCUGACAGAUUAGUAACAAUCGAGACACAUAAACCACUACCAAAACUUGCUCCACGUGAACCUGUAGCUAGAGAUUCACUUAUAUCAAAAUCACUUCCUAAACCCCCCGGAAUCGAAGAGGAAGUAGAGGAUGAAGAAGACAUUGAGAUUUUAGGAAGGCGUCCGCAAAAAGAAAAUUUAUAUGAAUUUCUGAAAAAUUCUAGUCCGGAAGAUUAUAAACAUAAAAACAAAGUUUCACAAAAAGGCGACAUUUCAUCAAGGAGACGUGGUAAACCUUUUGAUAAAUUAGAUACAGUUUCUGAAAUAUCUAAAAGUCCCGGCUCGCCCCGUCAUACUCCUUUAAUUCCUUCAGCUAAGUCAACAUCAUCACUUUGUUCACCUUUUUCACUGGCAUCACCUCGUCAACAACCUGCUGCUAAUUCAUCAUUACACCACAGUAAAUCCUUAGAUUUUCCCAACAAUAUCAAAAAUGUUGGUUCUCCAGUAAAACAAAAAAAACCUGGACAACUUAAUUUAUACAAUGAUAUUAAUGAUGAGGAUUCCGAUGAUGAGUUCGGUGUUGAUGGAAAAAGAAGAAGACGUCCAACUCAGGAUUUAAUAGACUUUUUGAAAACAACACCACCAAGUGAAAAAACUACUUUUCCCGACUCUGUUAAAGAUUCAAAUUAUAAUACUAAUGGCAAAAAAAUGGAAACUAAAAUUAGAAAAAUAUUCUCAAUACUGAAAAUGAGAUCAUCAUCUGACGAUUCUAAUUAUUCAUCAAGUGGAAACAGUUUAAAUUCUGCAAAUUCUACUUUCUCCACUUCAUCGACAUCUACUGCCACUUUGGUUACUAAACAAAGGGCUAGAUUUAUUAAAAUUGAAAUUCCACCUCUUCCGCCUCUUCCUCCUAAAGAUAAUAACGAACAAACUGGCUUUCUUGGUGUUCAAGGGAAAAAUACACAUCAAUUACCUAAAGCAAAAUCAACAAGUAAUUUGCCACACGUUCCAAGUAAAACAAAUCCAGAUGAUUCUUCUAAUUCUCUAACUAAAGUCACAGCUACACUUGAUGGCAAACACAACGAGUUACAAGUUAGCAAUCCUUCUGCCAAAACGGUUGUUUCAAACAACAAUGACAACAAUAAUAAUAUUAAUGUCAACACUUCUUCAUCAAAAGAAAUAUCUCGUGGAACCAUUACAUCAGUAGAAGCUCAAGUUCAAGAAAUUAGUGGGGAACUUUUUGUUAUCAAUUUGACAGAAGAGGAGGAAAGUGAAGAAGGUAUUGUGGUUGAAUGGCUGUUAGGAACCUGCCUUACUUAUAAAAGUGUUAGAAAUCUCGUAAUUCAAAAUGAAAAAAAGGAGGAUAAUGAUGUUUUAUUUGUUGAAUCACGGGAAAUCGACUACAUAGAUAACGUUACCGCCGGUAACAACUUUGUACAAGUUGGAGCAUAA